AUGGCCCUAGACAGCAGUUCCAUGUUGCUAAAUUUUUCCUUCACCCCACCACUUGUUAGUUUCAGCAAACAUCAAAAACAACGAGGGAUUAAUCUUCUAGUGCGUAGAAUUGGUUCCACCAGCCAGUAUUACUGCUUGGCAACAAGCACAAACGUUCGUGAAAGAAAAUCAGCCAAUUACCAGCCUAACCUCUGGAAUUAUGAUUUUUUGCAGUCAUUGAAGAAUGACUAUGCGGAUGUAAAAUAUGAGAUAAUGGCCAGGAAGCUGGAGGAAGUGAGGAGAAUGAUAAAGGAUGAAAAUUCAGAAAUAUGGGUCACACUAGAUCUGAUUGACAAUGUGAAACGCCUGGGCCUCAGCUAUCACUUUGACAAGGAGAUAAGAGAAGCCCUUCAUAGGUUUCUCUCUUUAGAAAGAUGUAAUGCCACAAAUAUUCACACAAGCCUGCAUGAGACUGCUUUAAGCUUCAGGCUCCUUAGAGAAUAUGGUGAUGAUGUUUCAGCAGAUGUAUUUGAGAGGUUUGAGGACAACAACGGUAAUUUCAAGGCAAGCCUUAGCAGAGAUAUGAAGGGAAUGUUGAGUCUGUACGAGGCAUCGUUUCUCAGUUAUGAAGAAGAACUGAUUCUGGAUAAGACCAAGGCCUUCAGUAGCUUCCAUCUAAGGGGUGCCCUCAAAGAAGGUAGAAGCAAUAGUAUGCUCUUAGAACAAGUGAAUCAUGCAUUGGAGCUUCCACUGCAUCACAGAAUCCAAAGGCUUGAAGCCAGGUGGUAUAUUGAAUCUUAUGCUAAAAGAAAGGAUGCAAAUUGGGUGCUGCUUGAAGCAGCAAAACUAGAUUUCAACAUUGUGCAGUCAACACUGCAAAAGGACCUCCAAGAAAUGUCAAGGUGGUGGAAACGGAUGGGACUAGCUCCAAAGUUAAGCUUUAGCCGGGACAGGCUAAUGGAGUGUUUCUUUUGGAGCAUGGGAAUGGCAUUCGAGCCUCAGUUCAGUGAUCUUCGCAAAGGUUUAACCAAAGUCACUUCUCUAAUAACUACAAUUGACGACGUUUAUGAUGUUUAUGGCUCCUUGGAUGAGCUAGAACUUUUCACAAAAGCCGUUGAAAGUUGGGAUAUUAAAGCUGUUCAAGUUAUGCCGGAGUAUAUGAAGAUAUGUUUCCUUGCUCUCUACAACACUGUCAACGAAUUCGCUUAUGAUGCCCUUAAAAUCAAAGGACAAAAUAUCCUUCCCCAUCUUACCAAGGCGUGGUCGGUUAUGUUGAAAGCAUUCUUGCAAGAAGCCAAGUGGUGCCGGGAUAAAUAUUUGCCACCAUUUGAAGACUAUCUCAACAAUGCAUGGGUGUCUGUGUCUGGAGUAGUGAUACUGACCCAUGCCUAUUUCUUGUUGAAUGAUAACAUCACUAAGGAUGCACUUGAUUCCUUGGACAAUUAUCAUGAUCUUUUGCGUAGGCCAUCCAUUAUUUUUCGACUUUGCAAUGAUUUGGGUACUUCAAGGGCUGAGUUACAAAGAGGUGAAGCAGCAAGCUCGAUCGUGUGUAACAUGCGUGAAAGUUGUGUAACUGAGGAGGGUGCUUACAAAAACAUACACAGUUUGCUUGAUGAAACUUGGAAGAAGAUGAACAAAGAUCGAGCCAUGCAUUCUCCUUUUUCAAAACCAUUUGUGGAAGCAGCAAUCAACCUUGCUAGAAUCUCUCACUGCACAUACCUUAAUGGAGAUGGCCAUGGUGCCCCAGAUAUUGCAGCCAAGAAUCGGAUUCGGUCCUUGAUAAUUGAACCCAUCCCACUUAGGGAGAUAAAUGCGGAUAUUGUUCAGCUUGAGGUCUUUGACCACGAGCAGUUUAACAAUUGGGUGGAGAAGGGUGUAGCUCCAGCCAUUGAACCCUGUUUAAAGCUCUAUGAAGAUGUUUUGAAUCUGGGAUUCAAGGUUAUUCUACUGACAGGACGGAGUGAAAGGCACAGGAGUGUCACUGUUGAUAAUUUGAUCAAUGCUGGGUUUAAGGAAUGGGACCAGCUCAUACUAAGGUAA